AUGGCAGCUUUCAACAAGGUGGCGCGCAACGUGUUGCAAAAGAGCCCAAAUGAUGUUGUCUUGCUUUCAGCUGUACGCUCGCCAAUCAAUCGUAGCUUCAAAGGCGGAUACAAAGAUGCACAUCCUGAGGAUAUCUUGAUGCCUGUUAUGAAGGCUGCUGUAGAGCGAGCGCAAAUUCAGAAAAGCGAUGUAAACGAUGUCCUUAUCGGAAACGUACUUGCAGAGCUGGGUUUUGCGAAGACGGGUCGAAUGGCCCUCAACCACGCUGGAUUUCCCAACUCGACGACUUUUCACACUGUCAAUCGUCAGUGCUCCAGCAGUCUGCAAGCUAUAACCCACAUCUCGCACUCUAUCAUGGUCGGUCAAAUUGAUGUUGGACUUGCUGGCGGCGUGGAAUGCAUGUCACGGAACUACGGAUCUCGCGGAGUCCCGACCGAUGUUUCGCCCACUCUUCUGGGAUCCACGGUCAAAGAUGCCCGUGACUGUCUGAUGCCUAUGGGCACCACUUCGGAAAAUGUAGCAGAAAGAUAUAAGGUAGAUCGAAAGAGCCAGGACGAGUAUGCUAUACGUAGCCAUGGCCGUGCAAGUCGAGCACAGAAAGAGGGUCGUUUUGACUGGGAGAUCACUCCCGUAACAGUGCCGAGAAUAGACGAGGCUACAGGGCAACCGGCAGGCUAUGAAGUGAGCAAGGACGAUGGCAUUCGGCACGGAUUGACGUUUGAAAAGGUCUCAACGCUGAAGCCGGUGUUCGGAGAGAACGGGAAAAGCACAGCUGGGAACUCCAGUCAGAUCUCGGACGGAGCGUCGUCCACUAUUCUGGCCCGACGUUUUUGGGCAGAAGACCGCGGACUCCAACCACUUGGCCGCUUCGUGGGUACACAAGUCAGAGGCUGUGCGCCGGAUGAGAUGGGCAUCUCUCCAAUCUAUGCCAUACCAGCUUUGCUGAAGUGGGCUGGUGUGGAACUCAAAGACAUUGAUAUCGUUGAAUUAAACGAGGCAUUCGCGAGUCAAACCAUCGCAUGCAUACGCGAGCUUGGUCUGGACGAGGAGAAGGUCAAUCCAAAUGGCGGUGCAAUCGCCCUGGGCCACCCCACAGGCGCGACUGGGGCUCGUCAGACAGCGACCCUGUUCGGUGAGCUUCGGCGGCAAGACAAGGAGAUGGGCAUCGUCAGCAUGUGUGCAAGCACUGGCCUUGGUGUGGCUUCGUUGUUCAUCCGCGAGUAG